UACUCACAAUAUCUGCCGUCUUUGCACUCAUUAAGAGUUGUCCUUCACUUAGUGAUAUCAAAAUGGAACACACAGAAAUUGGGAAAAAGAGUCUAGAGAGUUCUAGAUCUUUGAUGGAUUUUACUGCACACCCUCAAUUAAAGUAUCUCCGUUUGGCUCACAAUCAAUGGUUAACAGAUGAAAACAUCAUAAUGUUUGCUUCCGUUUCCCCAAAUUUACAGUUGCUUGAUUUGAGCCAUUAUUGUGGCAUAGAAGAAGGUAUUGCUCAAGUUUUAAGAAUGUGCUGUAACAUUAGACAUUUGAACUUAUCCUUCUGUUCAAAUGUGAAGCUGCUUGAAAUGAACUUUGAAGUGCCGAAACUGGAGGUGUUGAACUUAUCAUUUACAGAAGUUGAUGAUCAAACACUUUAUGUGAUUUCAAAGAGUUUCCAUGGACUUCAACUAGUAUUACUGUGUUGUACUAAUGUCACAUUGAAGGGAGUAGAGCAUGUUGUAGAAAACUGCACGCAACUCAGGAAAGAUAAAGUAAGAUGGUUUUCAUAAAGUGCUUACUAAUGUUGUUGCCUCGAUCGUAUUUUCAAGUCCAUCAUUGAGAAAGAAAACAAGUUGUUUUGUUCAGUGACAUAAAGAAGAAAUACUUCUUGCAUCAUGGAUGCAUUGUUUGCUAGCAUUAUUAUUUAUCAUUUAUCAAAGUUUAAGUUCUGGAAUAUAAGAUGUUUUUGUUUUCAGAUUUACUUCUCUAUGAACCAAGUUAUGUUAUUUCAUUUCAAUUACUUAAUAGCAACUCUAGAAUGUUGUAAGGAAGUUAUGUUAUGUUAUACCAC